AUGGAGAGCAGACUUCAACGCGCUGUCUGCAUGCUGAGCAACACCACGACCAUCGCUGAAGCCUGGGCGAGGCUCGACCACAAGUUCGACCUGAUGUACGCGAAGCGCGCCUUCGUGCAUUGGUACGUCGGGGAGAGCAUGGAGGAGGGAGAGUUCUCCGAGGCGAGAGAAGAUCUGGCGGCGCUAGAGAAAGACUACGAGGAGGUGGGCGUCGACUCGGCCGACGUCGGCGACGAGGAGGAAGAGUACUAGCUCCUCUCGUGUGUUCCGCGGUGUUCGCAAACAUUGACGUGAUUGCAAGCGCGCGAACCGUACGCUCUCUGUCGUCGUUCCUUCGCUCUUGUACAAACAUGAUUAUACAGCUAGUCCUCUUUACACUACGCAAAUUAAAAUGACGACGAAGAGAAA